AUGAAGAUCAUCAUCUUUCUCAUGUUCCUAGAAAUUGCUGGGGCUUUACCCAAGAAUGGUGACAAUGAUGAUGACAAGAUUGUUGGGGGCUAUACCUGUGACAUCAAUGCCCUUCCCUACCAGGUGUCCCUGUAUGCUGGAUCCCACCUGUGUGGAGGUGCCCUCAUCAGCAGGCAGUGGGUGUUGUCAGCUGCUCACUGCUACAGACCGCGCUUCCAUCUGAGGCUGGGUGAACAUAACCUCGCAGUCACUGAAGGGACUGAACAGUUCGUCAGUGCAGUCAAAAUUAUCAAACACCCCAAGUACAAGAGCAUAACCACAGGGCAUGACAUCAUGCUGAUCAAGCUGGCAAAGCCUGUCAUCCUGGACGAGAGUGUGAACACCAUCUCCCUGCCCAGCUCCUGCCCCGAGAGUGGCACUCAGUGCCUGAUCUCUGGCUGGGGCAGCACACAGCCAUCUGCCAACAAUGAAGAAAGGGUUAGGUCCAAAUUCCCUAACUCCCUGCAAUGCCUGAGGGCUCCCGUGCUCUCUAACAGCACCUGCCACAAAGCAUAUCCAGGCCUGAUCAACAACAGCAUGAUGUGCGUGGGCUUUCUUGAGGACGGGAAGGAUGCCUGCAAGGGGAACUCAGGUGGUCCUGUGGCCUGUAAUGGGACCCUUCAAGGCAUUGUUUCCUGGGGUGCAGGCUGUGCCCUCAAAGGCAAACCUGGAGUCUACACCAAAGUCUGCAACUACAUAAAGUGGAUUCAGGACACCAUGGCAGCCAACUAA